AUGGAUAAAGUGGAUGAAUUCAUAAAGAUUCGAGACUCCACUGAAAAAGAAACAUUGUUAAAAUUUUGCAAGAACGUUAUACAACUUUACACGGAGCAGUAUCUAAGAUCACCAAAUAUGUAUGACACUCAACAACUUAUGAACGAAAAUGCACAACGUGGUUUUCUGGGAAUGCUGGGCUCCUUCGAUUGCAUGCACUGGGAAUGGCACGGUGGGAUGACAAGGGCAAUUCACAGGAAACGUGGAGGUCAUACGCCCAACAUGCAAUUCAUAGUCAACAGCCAUGUUCAUCAUACAUCGUACUAUCUAAUUGAUGGAAAAUACCCACAAUAUGCGACACUGAUGCAAUCUAUUUCGCACCCACAUACUGCACAGGAUAAAGUCUUCGCGAGAGCACAAGAAAGUGUUUGUACGGAUGUCGAACGUGCUUUUGGUGUCUUACAGGCAAGGUGGGGCUUCACCCGAGGACCAGUUACUUUCUACGACACAGUAGAUCUCAGAAGAAUUAUGAUGACAUGCAUUAUUCUUCAUAAUAUGAUCAUUGAGGACGAGAGGCACAUUGACAUUGAUCCAUGGGUACCUCCCCCGAUGAUGAAGUGUCUCCAAUCGAUCGGAUCACAUCCCCUACUGUUCUCUCACACUACAUUCAUAUGUGCAUGGAACAAAUAUGCGACAAACAAAGUAAUGCAGAGUUGA